AUGAGUGAAGCCGGCGGAGAGAUCACUGGCUUUGUAUUCCCGUCUCCAGAGGUGUGGGCAGCGUUGGCGAAAACGUUCCAAACUGGGCAUUAUUGGCAAGCCGCAGGGACCGCUGUUGUGCUUUACGAUCAUCUGACGACACUUGACCUGGAGAUUGAAUUGGUGUGGAGAAGGAAAUGGUCAUACGUCAAGGUGCUCUACAUUCUGAAUCGAUAUCUUGGCGAUGCACUGUUUCUUCAUGGCUCGACUGUGCUGAAUUUUCGCAGAUGUCCAAGUGCCAUCCAAGUACAGGCAUGGCUGGGGAUGGUUUGCCUGUGGGCUAUGAAUGGCCUCAUCAUCAACCGAAUUCUGUGCAUGUAUGAGCAUCGAAGGAGGAUACUCUACCUCCUGCUGACAGCGUAUGCUAUUCACAUUACGGCGGGUACCGUCUUGACCGCCAAGGCCCUUGAUACUCCUACUGUGCCGGGGAUGUUUUCACCAAAGCUACUCGUUUGCAUGCCAUCCACCCCACCUUGGUUUUGGUCCUACGCCUUCUUCACUGCCGCCUUUGAAUCACUCGUUUUUACCCUGUCCCUCAUUCAAGGUAUUCGAUACUAUCGCGAAGCAAAAACUACGUAUCCCGGCAAACUGCCAUACCGACUUUGGUCGCGACAAGCCAACCCUAUACAGGUCCUAUUUCGGGACAGUAUUCUGUUCCCGUUCAUCGGCAUGACCUUUGGUUUCUUUGGGAUCCUUGCCUUCACGGGGGUGCUCCCUAUUCACGCGUUUCAGUACGUUAUAAUCAUGUCGUCGGCCAGCUCGCCUAUUCUAGGCUGCCGGCUCCUCCUCAACCUACGGGACGCGUAUUAUAAGCCUUUUAGGCACGAGGCCAACCUCUCCGACUUCAGUCAUUCAGACCAAGGGCUGGAUUCCCUGAGCGAUCCACGAAUGCCACUACCGGUCCGCCAGUACGACCUAUCUGAUUCAAUAAGAUAA